GGCCCACAAACAGUUCAGCGUGGACAUGCGGCUCAAGCUGGUCGCUGUCGGUAGUGCGGUUGUAGUGUUUCCGGUGCGGCACUGAGGACAGUGUAGGGUGACAAGAAGAAAAAAACCGAAAAUGUGUGCAUCCCCAGUAGUGUACAGUAGUAAUCGUGUAAUUCUUGAUUGAGUCAUUCAGCUGUUGUGUGAAAGAAAGAAUAAAUUAAAGCUGUGAACCGUAGUGACGAGCUCGCUACGUAAAUAACCCGCAACCAUGGCGUCUACCUCGCGCUGGAGCAAGUUUGUGUUGCUCCUGUGGAAGAACUGGAUCAUCCAGAAGCGUCACUACAUACAGACGCUGUUCGAGAUCCUGAUACCGGUGUUAUGCUGUGCGAUGUUAAUAGUCGUCCGUGGGUUGGUCGACCCAGAUCAGGUGUUGAAGCCAACGAUCUUUGAGCGUUUACCAAUAGGAUCGCUUAGUGAUCUUGAAGGUGCUUUUCCUCCCGUAACGUUCAGUUUGGCAUACUCGCCACAAAAUGAGGUACUUGAGAAGCUGCUACAGGACGCAGUGGAUGAGGAGAUUAGGGGCCGAACGGUGACACUGAUGCCGUUGGCAAAUGCGCGCGAACUGGAGAGUCGACUGAUGCUGAGCAACUACAUCGGAGGGAUCGAGUUCCCGGACAGCUAUGCCAAUGUUACAGAGCUGCCUCAGAAGCUACGGUACGCCGUCCGUCUUCCGGGUGAGCUACGUUUCACCGGCUGGACGUUCGGUAAUUGGCGCACCAACUUCAUGGUCGUCCCGUUCGUGCAAGGGCUGCGAAACGCGAACCAAUCGGACGGUGGCAGCCCGAACUAUUUGCGUGAAGGGUUCCUCGCCCUUCAGGCGGCCAUUUCGCGUACCUUCAUCCGGCGGCAGAAUGCCCAAUACGCGCUGCCGGAUGUGUCACUGCAGCGCUUUCCUUAUCCACCGUACUACGAAGAUUUGGUGCUGGUAGCGAUGGAACGAUUGCUGCCGAUGAUUAUACUGAUAUCGUUCUUCUACACCUGCAUCAACACGGUCAAGUUUAUCACGAUCGAGAAGGAGAAGCAGCUGAAGGAGGCGAUGAAGAUUAUGGGCCUGCCGAACUGGCUGCACUGGACGGCGUGGUUCGUGCGGUGUCUCAUCCUGCUGCUGAUAACCAUUUCGCUGCUAGUGUUUCUGAUCAGUGCAAAUCUAACAUCAAACACCGACUUAUCCGUCAUCGAGUACGCCGACUGGACGGUGCUGUGGUUCUUCUUCCUCACCUACAUUCUGGUGACGAUCUGUUUCUGUUUCAUGAUGAGUGUCUUCUUCAACAAAGCGAACACUGCCGCUGGAAUUGCCGGACUAAUGUGGUUCCUGUUUGCCAUCCCGUUCAACAUUGCCGUGCAGAACUACGACGAGAUGGCGAUGGGCACGAAGAUGGUUUCCAGCCUGCUCUCCAACACGGCCAUGUCGUUCGGCAUCAUGAACAUCAUACGGCUCGAGGCGAACCAGGUCGGGUUGCAGUGGCACAAUCUGUUCUCGGCCCCCUCGAUGGGAGACGACUUCAGUGUGGGGCUGGUGAUUGUAAUGUUCCUGGUGGAUGCGCUGCUCUAUCUUGGCAUCGCGCUCUACUUCGAGCAGGUAAUGCCGGGCGAGUUCGGUGUAGCCAAACCGUGGAAUUUCCUUUUCACGCGUGAUUUCUGGAAGCGCAAUCGGAUCGAGGACGGGCCCGGUAUGCGGCAGAAGAUGGAAAGCUCGGCAUACUUCGAGCAGGAACCGAACAUCGACCGUGCCGGUGUGCGGAUCGUGAAUUUGCGCAAGGUGUACGGCAAGAAGGUGGCCGUCGAGGGACUAAAUCUGAACAUGUUCGAUGGGCAGAUAACGGUGCUGCUGGGACACAAUGGGGCCGGCAAAACGACGACAAUGUCCAUGCUGACGGGAAUGUUUUCCCCGACCGCCGGUACGGCACUGGUGAACGGGUACGACAUACGGAAGGACAUUGAGGGUGUACGGUUUUCGCUUGGGCUUUGUCCGCAGCAUAACGUGCUGUUCAAUGAGUUGACCGUGGCGGAGCAUUUUAAGUUCUUCGCCCAGCUGAAGGGUGUACCGGCGGAAAAGACGGCGAGUGAAAUUGAGAAGUAUGUCACGCUGCUCGAACUGACCGACAAGCGGAACGCCCAGUCCCACACGCUGUCCGGUGGUAUGAAGCGGAAGCUGGGCGUUGGGAUUGCACUGUGCGGUGGUUCGAAGGUAGUGCUGCUCGAUGAACCCACGUCCGGGAUGGAUCCGUCCGCUCGCCGUGCACUGUGGGAUUUGAUACAGAAGGAAAAGGUCGGCCGUACGGUUAUCCUUUCCACGCACUUCAUGGACGAGGCGGAUGUGCUCGGCGACCGGAUAGCGAUAAUGGCGGAGGGAAAGCUCCGAGCGAUUGGGUCACCGUUUUUCCUGAAGAAAAGUUUGGGCGCCGGCUAUCGGUUGAUUUGUGUGAAGGAAGCGCACUGCGAUAAGCAGCGGGUGUUGGGCAUACUGCGGAAGUACAUCCCGGAGGUGCGCAUCGAAACGGACAUCGGGACGGAGCUGUCGUUCGUGUUGCGUGAGGAUUAUCUGAAGGUGUUCAAGCCGAUGCUGGAGGAGCUGGAGGAUCGGAUGGGUAGCUGCGGGAUAUCGAGCUACGGCAUCUCGCUUACCACGAUGGAGGAGGUGUUUUUACGCGCCGGAAGCGAUUCACACACCACGGAGAACUCGAUGGCGAAUGAAGGCAAUGGAUCCAUCGACAUGAGUGAAGCUAGUGAUAUUUACUCACUCGAAGGACUCACUCUGCUGGAUGGCUCCAAACGGCUGUUCCAGCAAAUUUAUGCGCAGUAUUACAAAAAGUUCCUCACGACUGUUCGAAGCUGGAUAACGCUUUCGCUUCAGAUGCUGAUACCCAUCCUGUUUGUGCUCCUAUCCUAUCUGAUCUACCUGAACUCGUCGGCCGGCCGUGAUCUUCCCGAGCUGAAGAUCAAUUUCGAUGGAUAUACCGGUUCCUUGACGGUGCUGGAAACGGCCGAGGGUCAAGAAUCGGUUACCGCGGCUUUUCGCGAGAGGUUCCGCCGAGAACCUCCGGUGCAUGAGCUGGUCGUGACUGAGGAAGACAUGAGCACUUACAUCCUGAACAAGUCAUCGCAGGACAUCGCAACAUUCAACACCCGGUACUGGGUGGGAGCAUCCCUGAGCAGUUCCGUCUGUACCGCGUGGUUCAACAACAAAGCCUACCACAGUGCCCCACUGGCCGUUAAUCUGAUCUACAACGCCAUCCUUCAAUCAUUCUGUCCCGACUGUGAGCUGCAAGUCAGCAACAAACCCUUACCCUUCCGGCUGGACACCCAACUCCAGCGGCUGGAAACGGGAGCGAACGCCGGAUUCCAGCUAGCGUUCAACACCGGCUUCGCGAUGGCAUUCGUUUCCGCCCUGUUUAUCCUGUUCUACAUCAAGGAACGUACAACGCGCGCCAAACUGUUGCAGUUCGUGAGUGGUGUAAACGUGACGCUGUUCUGGACCAUCUCCUACCUGUGGGACUACUUUGUGUUUGUGCUGUCGGCGUUGUGUUACAUCGUUACGCUGGCCAUCAUUCAGCAGGAUGGUUGGAGCACGUUCGACCAGCUCGGACGAGUGUUUCUGGUGCUACUAUUUUACGCCUUCUCGAGCCUGCCAGUGACGUAUCUGUUCGCGUACCUGUUCCACGUGCCUGCUACCGGGUUCGUGAAGAUGAUGCUGUUGAAUGUGCUGUCCGGGACAAUCUUCUUCACCGCCGUCUCUCUGCUGCGGUUCGACGGAAUCGAUCUGCAGGAUGUGGCGGACGUUCUCGAGUGGAUCUUCCUGUUUUUCCCAAGUUUCUCCCUCACGCAGAGCAUGAACGCACUGAACAUGGUGGGCGGUCGGGAAGCACUGUGCCAGCGGGCCUGUGAGCAGAUUACGAUCUGCACGGAGGAGCUCAAGUGUUUGCUGGUGCCGCAGUGUUGUGGUAUGAGUGCGUUUACCUUCGAUCAGCAGACGGGCAUCAAUCGCAAUCUGCUGUUCUUCACCGGCAUCGGUGUGGUGUCGUUCGCGAUCAUCCUGCUCGUGGACUACCGUGUGAUGAAGAAGAUUUUCUCCCGCAAACCGAAGAGUGUUGACAUGUCCGGUGAUCAGGGUGACAUUGAUUCGGACGUGUUGGAUGAGAAGCGCCGAGUCGCGGCCUGCAGUGAGGGAGAGCUGGCGUCCUACAAUCUGGUGCUGAAGGAGCUCUCGAAGAGCUACGGCAAGUUUGUGGCAGUGAACAAGCUUUCGGUCGGUGUGCGUCACUCGGAAUGUUUCGGACUGCUUGGCAUCAAUGGAGCGGGGAAAACGUCCACCUUCAAGAUGAUGACCGGUGACGAGAACAUAACGGACGGUAAUGCCUGGGUGAAUGGUAUCAAUUUGCGUACGGAUAUGAAUCGAGUGCACAAGCACAUCGGCUACUGUCCGCAGUUUGACGCGCUGCUCGAGGAUUUGACGGGCCGUGAAACGUUGCACAUCUUCGCCCUGAUGCGGGGCGUCCGGCGUCGGGAGAUUAAUGGUGUGUCACUUACGCUGGCGGAAGAGCUGAACUUUACGAAGCAUCUGGACAAGCGCACGAAAGCGUACAGUGGAGGUAAUAAGCGAAAGCUCAGCACGGCACUGGCGCUGCUUGGCAAUCCGUCCGUGGUGUAUCUGGACGAGCCGACCACGGGCAUGGAUCCGGGUGCGAAGCGACAGUUCUGGAACGUGAUUUGCAAGAUUCGCAAUUCGGGCAAAUCGAUCGUGCUGACAUCGCACAGUAUGGAGGAGUGUGAGGCCCUGUGCACCCGGCUGGCCAUCAUGGUGAACGGAGAGUUCAAGUGUCUCGGCUCGACGCAACAUCUGAAGAACAAAUUCUCCGAAGGCUUUCUGCUCACGGUCAAGACGAAGCGAUCCGAGCCGGAUGCGGCCGAGCGGGUUAAAUCGUUUGUCACCGGUCAAUUUGUGGGUGCCGUGUUAAAGGAAGAGUACCUGGACUCGCUCACGUUCCACAUCGCACGCACCGACCAACGGUGGUCGGCCAUGUUUGGUUUGAUGGAAGCAUCAAAGGCACGGCUCGGCAUCGAGGACUACGCUCUCGGGCAGACAACGCUCGAGCAGGUGUUUCUGUUUUUCACCAAAUAUCAAAGAAUCGUAGACUAAUGGGAGUGGGACUGUCGCAUGUCACACUUGCGGCAGGUUCGACAAUAGAGUUGACAUGCAAUUUACGAGCAACCAAAUUGUGAUCAAACAACGUAUUAAUCGCACCUGGUGUUGGUUUUAAGUGCUGUUAUGCAAAGCAAAGUAUUGAUCGAUGUGACCUGGGUGUGGAUGUUUUGAGUAGAAAUAUAAACAGACGCUUAUUGUCGUUAAACAAGCA